AGGUUAAAGGCAGCCGUUCACUACACUGUUGGUUGUCUUUGCGAGGAAGUCGCACUGGACAAAGAGAUGCAGUUCAGCAAACAAACCAUUGCGGCAAUUUCGGAGGCGACUUUUCGACAGUGUGAAAAUUUUGCCAAAGACCUUGAAAUGUUUGCAAGACACGCAAAAAGAAGCACAAUUAACACUGACGAUGUGAAGCUCUUAGCCAGGAGGAGUAAUUCACUGCUAAAAUACAUCACAGAGAAAAAUGAAGAAAUUGCUCAGCUUAAUCUAGAACGAAAGACAAAGAAGAAAAAGAAAUCAGAAGAUGGAAACAAAAAUUCAAGUGAGCCAACAGAGGCUGAUAUAGUGGAAAGUGAGAAUUAAACUCUCUUACUGCUUGGGAAAAGUGGCCUUCAGCAUGUACAGCUACCGAGUAAUGCUACAAGGGACUUUUGAAGGGAUAAGUGAAGACUGGGAAAAAAAAAAGGGCUAGGCAGCUUUUUGUGCUGUAUUUGUCUUAGUCAUUAACUGAAAAAGCUAAUUUAGAAGAGAACUGGACACUCUUAAGCAAAAUAUCCCUGUGUCUUUUGCGCAUAAGAAAAAGGUGUGUACGGGCCAGCAAGUGGUGUGGUGGUUAAGGUGCUAGAUCCCACAUGGCCAACUCUGCAGUUCAAGUCCCAACCCUAGCGGUUUGUGUAUCAUGCCGGGUAUGUG